AACCCGGAAGCUUCACGUUCUCCAUGCUCUUCACAGCUCAAAGUCCUUCCUGUUUUAGACAUUUCAAGGAAGCAGCAGCAACUGGACUGUCGAGUAUACUGAUGGUGGAGCGACUGCUCCCAUUCCAGGAGUUGUUUGUAACAGUACGACACAUUAAACAGAUGUUGACUGUGGUGGAGAGACUGACAGAGCAGCCCGAGCUAGAAGCUUGAAGCCUGUGCACGAGUGUAGGAUCCCGCAGUGAGGCGUUGUGUUUGGCUCACUGCCUCCUUACAGGUCCUACAAGCUUUAAGGAAAUGUUAAUUAACAAGGAAUUCAUUCAUUAACAGAGUGCAUCUGAGUGAUCUUUGGGAGGGGAAGGCCCAUGUUCUCUCAUCUGUGUGCUGCCAUACCUGAGCUGUGCAUAUUGUGGAUCACUAUGGCCCAGAUAGCUGGCCAGGAGGACAGAGAGAAAACUACUGCACUCAAAGAUUUGCUUUCGAGAAUAGACUUAGAUGAACUGAUGAAGAAAGAUGAACCUCCUUUCACUUUCCCCAAAACACUGGAGGAGUUUGAAUAUGCGUUCAAUGAAUAUGGCCAGCUCAGACAUAUAAAAACAGGAGAGCCCUUUGUAUUCAAUGCCAGAGAGGAUCUCCACCGCUGGAACCAGAAGCGCUAUGAAGCUCUUGGAGAGAUCAUCACUCAGUAUGUUUAUGAGCUGUUGGAGAAAAAGUGCAACAUGACUAAAGCAAUCCUGCCAGUGGACACUACAGAAGAUGAAGCUACCAGUUUUAUCUACCUGAGCCCAGAUGCCUUAUCCAACCCUUCUAAGCUGCUGGUGCUGGUCCAGGGCAGUGGUGUGGUGCGGGCCGGUCAGUGGGCCCGUAGACUCAUCAUCAACCAGGACCUGGACUCAGGGACACAAAUCCCCUUCAUCACCAGAGCCAUAGAGGAGGGCUAUGGUGUGAUGGUGCUCAAUCCCAAUGAGAACUACCUGGAGCUGGAGAAGCCGGCCAUAUUCUCCCCCCUGCCCUCACCCACUGAACCCUCCGACGAACCCGCUGAAAAGAGGGAACGCAAAGAUGAUAAAGAGGGAAAAAAGAAGAGAGAAUUUUAUGAGAAGUACCGUAACCCACAGAAGGAGACAGAGACCGAACGGAUCCCUGUACGGGAAAAUGGUUCCUCGGAGGAACACGUGCUGUACGUGUGGGACCACUUUGUGUCCAAAGCCGCAGCCAAGAAUGUUUUCAUCAUGGCCCACAGCUACGGAGGGCUGUCUUUCGUUGAGCUGAUGAAUCAGAGGGAAAUGCAGGUGAAGAACAGAGCGUGCGCUGUGGCUCUGACUGACUCGGCUCACAACAUCUGGCUACAGGAGACCAGCAAAGGCACUCAGGACUGGAUGCAGCAGCACUGUUCCAACUGGGUGUCGAGUCCAGAGCCCCUGGACACACCACUGGAUCCCAUGCUGCCAGACUGCCCCCGAGUCUCUGCAGGCACAGAGCGUCACGAGCUGACCUCCUGGAUGAGUUUCAACUCCAUCUUCAGGUUCUUCAGUGAGGUCCUGGAGGCAAAAGAAGACGAGGAAGCGGUGGAGACCUCCAACAUUGUCACCACGCGCAGCAGCUCUCUCAAAAACAAACACCAAGAUUUGUAGAGGACCAUUACAAAUGACUGUGAACAAGAAGAGAGGGUGGGCAGUUGCAAGAGAUCAAAGGGGGCAAUGCAGAAAAGGAAGCUACGGUUCCAGGUCCUCUCUGCUAUUUCUUUUCUCCCUCUGUAACGUUCCUCCAUCUUUCUCUCCUCACUGUUCUCCCCGAGUGUCAUCUCUCCCUUCCAGCCCUCCCUGGCUGUGCACACACAUAGCCUUGUUGUUGUAAGAGACAAGAGUACGGGGUCACCAUGUAUACAUCACAAUAACGUUUUGCAUUAUUUCUAGAUGAGCGCAACUGUCAAAGCAAUACAGGCUUGAGUGUUAGCGCUUCCCGUGGGCUGUGGCCUGGCUGUGGGUACGGGCCACGGCAACAGAGAUUAAGGCUGACAGGCGCUGUGUACAAUGCGCUGUGGUGCACCUCUAAUUGUCCUGACAUCAGCCUGAACUGAGCUAAUGCCCCUCCUGCCCUCCAGUCUGCACUGCUCAGCCUCUCCCCCUCCCCCCUCCCACUACCCCCUGGGCUUCUUACACCAACAUCAGCUCAUACUGUAUGGUAUCCUCUGUUAAGGUUCAAUAUCAUUUCAACCUGAUCAGUGCCCAUCUUCUGCUUUUUUAAAAAGCCGUUACCUACCACAAAUGUGUGUGUGAAAACACACUCUUAACUGGUGACCAUUUGUUUUGUUUGAACAAAGGGAGUUGUUUUUAUGACUUCUUCGUACCCAACUCCUCCGCUCAUGCAGUAAUUUUUUUUUAAACUGGACUUUUCUCAUUAAGCUGUGUGUAAAAUGUGGUUCAUCGCUGUGCCAGAUAUUUCUGGAAUUGCAGUGCUUAUAAUAAGAGAUUUAUUCUUCUCAACUUAGAGCUACAUUUAAAUGCAAUGUCUCAUACACACAUGCACACUCUUUGAUUUUCUUUUUCUAAUUUUAAGCCAAUACUUGAGCUGUAAGUGUUUACUUAGAAUAUCUCCACCAUUGAUUUGCAAAACGGUGGAUAGUCCUCUGUUUAUUAUAAAUGUCUUUUUUCAAUUUGAUAUCCUUGAAAUUGAUGUCUCCAGAUGAUUGAAUGUGAUGAAACAAAUAAAACAAACAUAACCUGUGCUGAAUAUGGAAAAUGCAGGACACUGAGCAUAUUUUAAAUUACUUAAAGUCAAGCAUCAAAAUGGGUUUGAAGGAUUUCUCAUUUUAACAGGAGCCAGAAGUCAGCUCCCAACACUCAUAAAGCCUCAAUAUAUCGACUUACACGUGUCAGGAAAUCCAAGAUUUCAAUAUUAUUCUAAGCCUGAAUGAUAUUUCUUUAGAUGUUGGAAAAAUGUCCCAUAUCUAUUUUUUCCUCCCACCAAAGCACUCUUCUUGUGCACUUAGAAGUGACAAAGUCUGCUCCCUGCUCAGCUGCACAUCAUCUGCCUGUGACACAAACAUGAUAUACAUUUUCCACAAGGCUGGUGGGCUUUAUAAACCACUCAAGGCUUAAUGGAAUACAUGUCUAAUUUGUCAUGACAUUAGUAAAAAACUCAAACCGGAUACGAAAUCUUAUGAUACUUUAGACACAUUCUCAAAUAUGUACUUUUCUUCUUCUUCUUUUUUUACUUCAAAUAGUGCAUUGUUUAACUUUUACACUGUGAAACCCCACCUCUCCUGUCCUGUGUGUAUGGUUUAAGGCUUUUGUGGAUUAUCUUUCCGCUGUAAUGAGACAUCUGUGGCUGAUGGUUGCAGGCCUAAUUUCCUUUUAAUUUGAUUCCGAUCUCUCCAGGUUUCAGCAAAGAAGUUGGCUUAUUAUUUGAUUUGAUGAGUUUCGUUUCAAGAUACCAUUGCUCAUCUUUCUGCUUUUCAGCUACAAUCAGUUCAUUUGUUUCUCUCCAUAAUUUGUAUAUUGUUGCCUUAGGAAUAAACAAGACUAUGUUCACUGUUUUUAAUAAUAUCCAGCAAGCCAUAUGUGAAUGGAACUAAAGAUGUAAGAGUAGCCCAAAUCCAAAGCACAGCCUGCAAAUAAAAGGGGACUAAUUUGGUCAAUUAUUCUCGAAGUCUUUAUAUUUUGCAGAUGGUGUAUAUGUUAUAUUGGUUUAAGGAACAGGGCUGUUUGUUUUAUCGCAUAAGUCUUUAGAUUUUAUGAAACUGCGAGUGUCCUGCCGGGUCACAUAUUUGUCUUAUAUGUUUAUCCAUUCUCUUUUGAUCCGUCUUGGUUUUAAACGUCUGCCUUAAAAUUGUUUUAAAGUUGAUUUUAUUUUUGCAAUGAACCUAUUAAACCUGUCGAAACCCAAUAAAAUUAACUUUUGCAUCUUG